AUGAGAUUAUUCAGCCUCUUCACUGUCCUCUUCUGUGUGGUCCAGACGAACUCUGGAGAUAUGCUACCUGGAAUUAGGAAUACUAUCUGCCUUAUGCAACAUGGAACCUGCACUUUUUUCUGCAGUUCUGGUGAGAAAAAGGCUGAAAUCUGCUCCAAUCUCUGGAAUAGAUGCUGCAUAUCCAAUGCUGAGGAAGGAAGGAAAUAUAAACCAGCGAGGGGUGGCAGAGCUGAGACCUGA